AUGGCACCCCGGUUUGAGAUCGCAGUUGGUCUGCGAAAAGGCCACAAAACUACCAAAAUAUCUGCUGGCAAAAAAGGUAUCACAGACAAAGCCAUCAGAAUCAGACCCGCAAGACUAAAGGGUCUUCAAACAAAGCACUCCAAGUUCGUUCGUGACCUCGUCAGAGAAGUUGUUGGACAUGCUCCUUACGAGAAGAGGGCUAUGGAGUUGCUUAAGGUAUCCAAGGACAAGCGCGCUUUGAAAUUCUUGAAGCGUCGCCUUGGAACACACAUUAGGGCGAAGAGGAAGCGUGAAGAAAUGAGCAACGUGUUGGUACAGAUGAGGAAGGCCGCUGCUCAAGCACACCACGCCACACACGCCCAUUAA